AUGCACUGCGGCGUGCAGGAGUCGCCGCAGUGGCGCAAGGGGCCGCAGAGCAAGCCCGUCGUCUGCAACGCCUGCGGCACCCGCUACCGCCGCACCAACUCGCUCGGCCCGGCAAUCCCGUCCACGGCACGCCCGGCAGCGGGCGGUGGCGGCGACGGCGGUUCCGCGCCGGGCGGCGGCGCCAAGCGCAAGGCGGCUUCGCCGCCAGGCGGCAGCGGCGGUGGCGGCAGCAAGGGCGCCGCGAAGGCGGCCUGCUAG